GGUACAGCUCCACAGGGUUUUGUCAGAACUAAGACCCAGCUACAGUCGAAACGUCUGAGUUAUUUUGGGAGCAUACUGUAGGCGUCUACUAGUGUGUGGAUGUAUUUUGUGUUUUCACUAUUGUUUGCUCAAAUCCACCACAUGGGGAACGUUUCUUUCCGGUGAGGGAGCUUCUACCGGUGCUGUGCCAGGCCAACCACACCUCCCAGGUGAUCUGGACUAGCUGUAGUAACGCCCGGUGCUCAGCCUUCAGCCUGAAGGGCCUUCAGCACCGGACAGGCACUGAGCCCUACAACUCCUCCAAAUAUGCAUCAGACCUCCUCAGUCUGGCUCUCAACACACACCUCAACAUGAAGGGCCUGUACUUGUCAGCGAUCUGUCCAGGCUUUGCGAUGACCAACCUGACCUAUGGUAUCCUGCCUUCCUUCCCCACACUCCUCUGGAACCUGCUCAUGCCCAUCCUCUGGCUGAUCAGAAUCUUUACAAACACAUUCACCCUGACCCCCUGCAAUGGAGCAGAGGCUCUGGAAUUUUCCACAGAUAACAUGACAUCACUGUUCUGGCUGUUUAUGCAAAAACCUGAGUCGCUGGAUCCUUGGACUAAAUACCAGUCUAACCUUAGGUCUGGGAAACAACUACACACAACCUCGCAAGAUGGAUAUUGAUGGGGACAUGUCCGAGGCCCUGUAUGAUAAACUACUGGAACUGGAAGACAAAGUACACAGGAAACUGAAGGAGGAAAAGAAGGGUAUUGAGCUCCUCCACAGUAGCCUGAUUGAAGGAACAGUGGAUGGGACAUAACUCCCAUCUAAUGGACUGAGACUCCUGUCCUGCAGACAACUGAGACGCGAGAAAGUAUCUCUUCUGAUUGUCACUAUUUCAUUGAUGGAAGUGAUGAAUUCUGUUUGCCUUAUUUGCCUACAUUGUGAGGCCUCACAGACAAUGAGUGCUGCUGGUAUUAGGUUUUGAUUUGAUUGCCACCGUGUCACUCAUUGAUGCUGCUACUAAUGUAUUGUGUCUGUAUUGCAUGUUGUUGUCAGACCUCACAAGGAAUUCCACAAACACAUUUGAAAGUAUGUGUAUUAUUUGAUGUGUCAAAUAAUGUAAUAACAUUCCAAUAAACCGUAUGGCUUUAA